AUGGGUGCUGCUCCUUCCAGAAUUGUGGAUGGUCUUUUAGAAGAUACAAAUUUUGACAGAGAUGAGAUAGAAAGGUUAAGGAAGAGAUUCAUGAAACUGGACAGAGAUAGCUCUGGUUCUAUUGAUAAAAAUGAAUUCAUGAGCAUUCCUGGCGUUUCGUCGAAUCCUCUUGCCGGACGUAUAAUGGAGGUUUUCGAUGCUGAUAAUAGUGGUGACGUGGAUUUUCAAGAGUUUAUCACAGGGUUAUCUAUUUUUAGUGGGCGAGGGUCCAAGGACGAAAAGUUAAGAUUCGCCUUCAAAAUCUACGACAUCGACAAGGACGGUUUUAUAUCGAAUGGUGAGUUGUUCAUCGUGUUGAAGAUUAUGGUAGGUUCUAAUCUGGACGAUGAACAACUACAACAGAUAGUAGAUAGGACCAUAGUGGAAAAUGACAGUGAUGGCGACGGACGCUUAAGUUUUGAAGAGUUCAAGAAUGCUAUCGAAACCACAGAAGUGGCCAAGAGUCUGACAUUACAAUAUGAUAUCUGA